CCUUGGCACAGAGAUGUGGCUGCUGUCUCGAAUUUUACCUAUUUUUAGGCUGUAUUUUGUGGGAGUCAAAGUUCUUUUGUAUCAGCUGUUCAACAAGUCUUUCACUUUACCAGGUACACAGUGAAGGCACCUGAAAGGAUCAUUGUGAAAGGUACAAAAUGGAGACAAAAGGUGCUUCGUUAUCCAGGCCUAACCUCCACCUUGUUCCACAUCCAAGGGCAAAAAGUAAAGUGUGGAGGUAUUUCGGCUUUGACACAGACGCAGAUGGCUGCAUACUACACUGGAGGAGAAUCUACUGUCGCAUCUGUAUGAUCCAAAUAGCGUAUUCCGGCAACACCUCCAAUCUCUCGUACCACCUGGAGAAGAACCACCCGGAUGAGUUCUGUGAGUUUGUGAAAAGCAAUAGUCUACUCAGCCUACUCCAAGAUAAAGAGUCCAAGGUAAAGACGGAGCCCAUGCCGCAGCAAUGUCAGGAAACCGUCCUGAAGCAGAGCGUAGCGUUUGAAAAUGUCAACCGACGGCAUAGCGAUCUAACGUCGGCCGUCAUCAGCUUCGUCUGUGAGGGGAUGUACCCCGUGUCUGUAGUGGAGGAGCCCACGUUUCAAGCCCUUUUAAGGACCGCUGACCCUAGGUAUUCACCCCCUAGCAAAAUGGAACUAGCAAUGAAGGCCAUGCCGCAGAGGUAUCACCAGAUCCGAGACGCCGUUCUGGGUGAGGUGGCGGGGGUGGUGAACUGCGGCGUCUCCGCUGACAUGUGGCAAAGCCAAACCCAGAACAGGAUGUACAUCUCCCUGUCCAUGCAUUCUUUAAACCGUAACGGUCCGGGUUACAGUUUCUCCUUAAGUUCCAAGUGCCUGAAGACUUUCGAGGUUCCGGAUGAUAACACCGCAGAGAACAUUACGCGGGCGUUGUAUGAAACGUUUGUCGAAUGGGGGAUCACUCACAAAGUCAACGGCGCCACCACAAAUGGCUCCGUGGACAUCGUCAAAGCCUGCUCUCUUCUGGAUCUGUCCGUCCAAAUGCCUUGUCUAGGCUACACUAUAAACCGGGGGAUGAACGAGGCCUUUCAGCUUCCUAGAAUCGAAAGCUUUUUAGGACAUUGCCGCAAACUUGUCGAUUAUUUCCAGCAGUCCGUGAUGGCUACGUAUUUGCUGCGAGAGAAGCAGAGGCAGCAAAGCCUAGCCCAGUGUGUUCUGAUCAGUGAUAGGGUCCGAUCCUGGGUGACCACCCUGACAAUGCUCAAGCGCCUGAAGGAGCAGCAGGCGGUUAUUAGUGCAGUACUCGUGGAGGACAGCGACAACCAUCAGCUGAGUUUCAAGGACAGCGAAUGGAACAUGGUUGAGGGCUUGAUUGGGGUGCUGCAACCUUUCAAACUGGUAGCUGACAUGAUAACGGCCUGUCGAUACCCGACCAUUAGUAUGGUGAAACCGGUCCUUCACAUGUUGCUGAACACAACCCUCAAGGCCAAAGAUGGGGAUGCCAAAGAGGUCGGCAUGGCCAAGGAUGUCCUCUCCAAGGUGUUGUCCAGCACCUACCCGCAGACGUCAGAGAUAGCCACGUUUCUCAACGUCGCCACGUUCCUGGAUCCCCGGUACAAGAGGCUUCCCUUCCUCACUCCCCAUGAACGUUCCCAAGUUGAAAGCAAAGUGAUCGAGGAGGCCAAAGCUAUUCUUGAGAAACAGAGGUACGAAAAUGCUGUGACCGAUGAAUUGGCGCCCCUUUCUGAUGAGCCCCCCAGCAAAAAGCAGACUCCUGACAAGCAUUCCCCUGCAGGUAGCAAUGUGGGCAACCCUUUGGCUGUGAUAUUUUGCCAGUCAGGCACUGAUGAGAACCAAGAGGAACUUCAUGCUCAGGUCAUGGAGGAGUUGAGCAACUUUAAAUCCCAGAAGAUCUUAGGGCUGAACGAAGACCCUCUCCAUUGGUGGUCGGAACGCAUUGGCUUGUUCCCCGUUCUCCCCAAAGUCCUCCAGAAGUACUGGUGUGUUCCUGCCACUUGCGUCCCAUCCCACAGACUGUUCAGCUCCUCUGGGACUGUCAUAUGCGGUAAGAGGAACCGCCUCGCCCCAGCACAUGUAGACCAACAGGUGUUUCUUUAUGAAAACACCCGGAGCUGCUAUGAAGCUGAACCUGUGGAGGAUGACUCGGGGGAAUGGGUCUUGGGACAGGACCUGGACUCUGGGUCGGGCCACGGGAUAACUGGACAGGCCAUUGCCCAGUACCAAACAGUCAUAAUACCCUAAUGACUAAGGAACUGCCUAGUGAAAAUCGCCUAUACAGUUGGCUCCUACAAAAAGUAGCGUUGUUGACUAUAUUUGCAUUUGUGGCCAAAGCAUAAAUCACAGGGGGAAAGACGCCCGAGUUUAUCUCUGAUUCUUUAGAAAAUAAGAUGUCUGUAUGAGCUGGCUAGUCAGCAGUGUGCCUGCAUUCACAUUUCUAAUGAAUGAUACACCAAGCGUUCUGUUGUUGGUGUGUCCCACACGCUUGCAGCACCUAAAAGUUUUUAAACAUAAACAAAUUAAGGAAAAAAAUUUCCGUCAUUGUUAGUAUUUAUAUGUCAUGUUUUACAGAAAUCGGGAAAAACUGGGCAGUUACUUUAACGGAAAUACUGGACAAUUGUGAGAACAUUUGUGUACUGAUAAUGUUUAGUUUUACAGUGUCUUCGCAAAGUAUUCAAGUAUUUUCAGGGGGGUUUUUUGUACAUUUUGUUGUUAUAGACUUUGUUUAUAAAAAAAAAAAUUGGCACCAAUCUACGCCCAAUACCCUAAUGACAAAGCAAAAAUUCAUUUUUUAACAUUUGUACAAAUUUAUUGAAACACAAAAGGGAAAUAUAUAAAAGUGCUUUCAUUUUGUCAUUAUGGGAUAUUGUGUAUUGAUGGCAAGAAAUACAUUUUGUCAAUAACACAACAAAAUGUGGAGAAAAUGAAGGUGCAUAAUGCUCAACGAAUACACCGUUUGCAUGUCUACUAGUAAAAUGGAUGUUAUAUUAGUGUAAUAUUGGAAACGAUUUCGUUUAAUCUAUUUUAUGUUGAGCUAAAUGUGUUUUUAGUUUUUCUCCCAAUGUUCGUCACUGAUUAAUUGUUCUCUUUGCCGUUUGAGUUCUGUAUGUCGUCUACUGUGCCUUUGCCAUUGUUUCUUCUGUAUGUGCUGUUGAACUACCUGACACACACAGUCUCACAACUGCAUAAAGUACAGCCUAAUCAAUUGA